UUCGAUUUUGACCCGCCGAGCACCAUGCACGACUACGAAUCUGCCCAAGCGCACUUCCUGUACGAGCACCGCGAGCCAUGCAGCCAAAUUGCGGUUGUCCAGAUUGCGGUCUUCUUCGCGUCGUUUGUGUUCACGUACUUGACGUGGUGGGCAGGCCUGUUUGGCCUGUUGGUUGCCGCCGUCGGGUACUACGGGACCCUGACCCCUGUUGUUCAGAGCAAAGUCAGCUUUAUUCAAUUCUACUAUUUUGGGAAUUGCUUCAUCCUGUUCUUACAAGUGCUGUCGUCGAUCGUCCUGGUUGUCGUCGUAUCGGAGUGGCCCGUGAUCACGUCCUGGGGAUGGGUCGUCAUCGUCCUCGGCACAGUGUCGUACAUUUUCCAAAUCUACCUGACGUACAUUGCGAUCCAGCGUUCGUUCUCUUACCGUGCCGAGCUCAUGCGAAGUCCUCCCCCAGCAGAAAUCAUGGUGUACUCUCAACAAAGCGUAUACACCGCCGUGCCUCAAGUCAUCAGUGGAUACCGAGCCCCCAUGGACACCAAAUCCAUCUAAGCCAAAUCGAAUCCACCCCGUUUCGAUAAAUCCCUUUCCAUUCACAGUAUGCAUGUGAAUAAUGCUCUCAACAUGCGAUCUUGUCACAGUGUGCUGACUCCAUUGUGGAAUUGCCAUUGCAUCCAGCCCA